AUGUCUUCCAACAACACUAGAAUCCGAAUAGGCCAAUACAACAUCAUCAAAACCAUCGGCACCGGGUCGUUUGGAAAAGUAAAGUUGGCAGUUCAUGCCUCAACUGGCCAAAAGGUGGCAAUGAAGAUCAUCAAUCGGAAAAAGAUUGCCAGCAUGGAUAUGGGAGGAAGAGUCAAACGCGAGAUUCAAUAUCUAAAACUCCUGCGCCAUCCGCAUAUCAUCAAAUUAUAUGAAGUCAUUACCACACCCACCGACAUCAUCAUGGUUAUUGAAUAUGCAGGAAGAGAGCUAUUCAAUUAUAUUGUAGAGAAAGGGCGAAUGGCCGAAGACGAUGCUCGGCAGUUCUUUCAACAAAUAAUAUGUGCAGUCGAAUAUUGUCACAGGCACAAAAUCGUUCACAGAGAUUUGAAACCAGAAAACUUAUUACUGGAUGCCAAUAAUAACGUCAAAAUCGCCGAUUUUGGUUUAUCCAAUAUCAUGACAGAUGGUGAUUUUCUAAAGACUAGUUGUGGCAGUCCUAAUUAUGCAGCACCAGAGGUUAUCUCGGGAAAACUUUACGCAGGUCCUGAAGUAGAUGUUUGGAGUUGUGGAGUCAUUCUCUAUGUAAUGCUAUGUGGAAGACUUCCGUUUGACGAUGAGUAUAUCCCCACACUGUUCAAGAAGAUCAACGGCGGAAUUUAUACAAUGCCUUCCUUCCUUAGUCCAGAGACAAAAUAUCUACUGACGUCUAUGCUGGUUGUAGACCCCAUGAAGCGUAUCACGAUUGCAGAAAUCCGGCAAAACCCCUGGUUCCUUAAAAAUCUUCCAGAUUAUCUUCAGCCCCUUCCAACAACAGAAGAAGACAGGUGUCAGCCUAUAGAUGAAGAGCUUGUAUCUGAGAUGUCAAAGAGGAUGGGUUAUACAAAAGAAGCAAUCCAGAAAGCUUUAAAUGGUUCAGAUAACAAUCAAUUUAAAGUGGCUUAUCAGUUAGUGCUUGAUCACAAACGAAUGCUGAAAGAUUCUGAACACAGUAAUGUACAAAGCUUUUUUGCCACUUCUCCACCACCAUGGAAUAUAUCAUUUGAAGUAAGUAUGCAAAGCAUGGCUAUAGUUAAAGAUCGACAUUCUCGAGAUUAUGUCAGUAAUGCACAGCCUAUACUGCCAAUUUCUGGGACACCACCACCCGGUGUCAUGGCACCUUCAUCGCUUCCUGCAGGAAGAGCUUCACAACAUUCACGGCAUCUUUCAACACAUCAGCUUGUCCAAAAGCGACCACACAAACCUCGUCAGAAAUGGCAUUUUGGUAUCCGUAGUAAGUGCCCAGCCUGGGAAGUCAUGAUCGAGAUUUAUAGAUCUCUUCAGAAUGUUGGGAUGACUUGGAGAAACUUAGAUCCAUAUCAUUUGCGAUGUCGUUACCAAUAUGAAUUUGUCAACCUUAUCGUUAAAUUUGACCUUCAGCUCUAUAAGCUAGACAACAACAGUUACCUCGUCGAUUUCAAAAAUGUCGGAACCUCGGUCUUUGGUGAUAAAAAGUCAAGCAAUUCUGAAUCUGACACAGGGACAGAUCCUAAGCUCGAUUAUCCAUUUUCUGUGUUUGAAGGCAUGGUCCUCAAGAAUACCCAGGUAUUGGGUGAUCUACAGUUCUCAUCACCGAAUGACGAAGAUUCAGAAACAAAGCAGUUACGUGCUGACAGAGCAGCUCACCCACCCGGAUGGAAAUUAAAUAACAGGGACGUCGACAAUGAGCAUGUAUUGAGUAUUUACCCAUUCCUAGAUGUCUGUAGUAAACUUAUUACUGACAUCGUGUAA